AUGAAUUCCUCGUUUUUUUCCAAGAUUCGGCGAAAGUUGUCAUUUCCCGUAACAGUUGGUAACCCAACCGAGUUAACUGCGGUGGAUCCACAAGGUGACGGGAUUCCUUAUGGCGGCAGGCUGGAUGAGGUACAGGACGGAAGAAUUGUCCUAGAUCCCGGCCGUUUCCCGCCAACUGAGGUGAACGCUGCGCACCUGGACUCCCGUGCAUGGAACAAAUCCAGCAAACAUAACCAGGCCAUAACGGGAAAGCAAGCCAUCUGCCACACACACCCGGGGUCUUGUGAAGCGUAUCCGGCAAACUACCCGGAAGCACUCUCCGCAGGUGGAGGAUUGUGUCGCAAUGUCCUACGUAGCAGCUGGGAGUUUCGUAUCAAUUCCUCACAGAUGGAGUAUAUUCCUAUGGAAAACAUUAAAAUGGAGUCCGUAGCAUUGAACGCUCGAACACGAAUGCAUCGAAUUUUUCGCGAGUGUUUUACUGCAAUUGGAAUAGCCUUCACAGCAAUCUGCCUGUUAGUUGUCGAACUCUGCCGGAUGUUGGCCUAUACGGUGCUACGACCACUGCUCACCUUGGUCCGCUUCGUGGCCCACCUGCUACUCAAUUUGCUCUUCGACUUGCUAUACAUUUGCACCCUGCAAUGUCGUCGUGUGUGCAUGCCACUCGUCGACCUAUUUGCCAUGUGCUCACACGAAGUCAUUAUCCCAUCGAUUAGACAAUGUCGACCAAUUCGAUGCAUCCACAAGAUGCCACAUCCGGAGCAGUGCCAGUCGGGUGUUUGACAUUUUCAGCUGCUUUCCAAUCCACACCUUCAGGUUGCAUCCGUCGUUGUCUGGUAACUUUGUCUCCCUUCCUGCUUUAUGUGACAUUGCCUUGUGUGUAACCUAUCAAUCAG